CUGUCAGGAUCGGGUGGCACUUUUAGUCUUCGUAGUGUCGUUUGUUAGGAUAGUUUUGUGUCCCUGCCGUGGAGUUGUAUUCUUAACAGUGCAUUAUUUCACAACCGCUUGCAGCUGCCAUAACGAUUCAUAUCAUUGAAACGGGUAACACUCCAAUUAAAUCAAGGAUAAGAAACGGCAUCUAUUUGGUACUACUAGAUUUUAUUUUAACUUCGAGACGAAAAAAAAGCUACCUCUUUCGGUUAGCACUGGACGUUUCCUCUUGGUUAAUCUACACGACCGGAGUAGUGGUGAAUUGAAAUACCGAAGCAAGUCUAAAGUGCACUCAUAACUUUGGAAGGAAAAAAUAUUAUCCUUUGUAACGAAUUCCCUCAUUGCCUCGACCACCGGUAUAGUGUGACACAGAGUAACUCUACCCAUUGUGCAGAGUGUUUGAAACUUCGGAACCGGAGGCAAGUGGAAUCGACAAAAGAAAGCCAAACUGGGAAACGGAUAUCCCUACAAACCAAUUCAGCGCUCCACUGCAUAAACCGGACGGAAGCCGUACCAUGUCGGCCUGGAACUAUCAUCCAUCACUGUCGGAGGAGGAACGUGACGAAUACAACGAUGGCUCCGUCAAGCUGCGGAAUCCUAAUAUCGAGUUAAUGGAUCAGGACAUAUUGUAUCACUUGGCCUUGGGUAGCGAAAGCCAUGAUCUACGGGAAAUGUUUGGCGACGUCAAAUUUGUCUGCAUGGGCGGCACCCCGAAGCGGAUGGAGAACUUUGCACACUUCAUCAUGGAUGAAAUCGGCUACAAGCUACCUGCCGGAACACAGCUGCAGGACAUUAGCGCGUUCUCCUACCGGUACUCUAUGUAUAAGGUUGGUCCCGUGUUGUCGAUUAGUCACGGAAUGGGUGUGCCUUCGUUGGGAAUCUUGCUACACGAAAUGAUUAAACUGAUGUACCAUGCUAAGUGUAAGAAUCCGAUUUUCAUUCGAAUCGGAACAUGCGGCGGUGUCGGCAUUGAGGGCGGUACCGUGGUGAUCACCGAGGAUGCUGUGGAUGGACUGCUUCGAAGUACCCAUGAAAUUCCAAUAUUGGGUAAAAUUGUUCAUCGCCCAGCUGUACUAGACAAGCGAUUAGUGAGAGAGCUAAAAUCGUUAGCCUCGGCGGACGAUCCGUACGACACGAUCACUGGCAAGACCAUGUGCACUUCAGAUUUCUAUGAAGGCCAAGGUCGCCUCGAUGGUGCUUUCUGUGAGUUUUCCGAGCAGGAUAAAAUGGAUUACUUGGAGAAGCUGCGGGAAUUUGGUGUGGUUAACAUCGAGAUGGAGUGCACAAUUUUCGCUGCUCUGACGCAUCACGCCGGCAUCAAAGCUGCUAUUGUAUGUGUCGCCCUGCUGGAUCGUCUCAAGGGUGACCAGGUAAUGUCGCCGAAGGAAGUGAUGAACGAGUGGCAACAGCGUCCGCAGAUUCUAGUUUCGCGACUCAUUAAGAAGCAUCUGGCCCAAGCCGGGCAUCUGAAAAGUUUAGCGUCAACACCGAGCUCUAUAAAGUCUCCAAGACGGUUCAAGCUUGUACAGCAGGAAUCCGAAGCGCACGAGUAAAUUUUUGUUUUUAAAAAAAGAAAGAAUAUGAAAUGCUGGAAAUACCUAAGACAUGACGUCGUAAAAUCGGCUGGGCUUUCUCAAUUGACAGACCGAUAAAUUUGUAUGUGAAGAACAGUGAUGAAAGAGUCGAGGGUAGGAAAUAGUCCAUUCAGUAGAAAAAAAUAUCAGUUGCACUAGAGAAAGCACAUUCCAUUAUAGUAAAUAUCCGUACAUAUAAUUAAUAGAAAAAAAAACCUCAAAAUAAUAAAUUGACUUGAAGAAAGCGAGGGGUGACGGGACAUUACGGUGAUACUUCAGAUCAGGGUCUGAAUAGAACAAUAUUUUACCACUGUAUGUACACAUGAAUUAGCCUAAUCUGUUUUUAGUGUCGAAGGUUUUUCUGUUAUUUUCUAUAAUUGAAAAUGAUAUUAACAUGAAUUGUUGAUUUGCAAUCGAUGAAGUAAGUAAUUGUUGGCUUACCUUUUUUUCGUGCGGUUUAAGUAAAAUCGAUUUGAUGUUCCAUUGUCGUAUGUCUGUAUUAAGUUCGAAUUCAACAGCCAAUGCGACACACUAGCAAAUUACACAAAGCGACAAUAUUUAUAUUAAACAGGCUAACAUGCCAAUUAGCGCCACUUGUUAGGAAAACUUUGAAAAAGUUUUGUUAGCAGUGGAAUGAUGUGCAGGAAAAGAAUUACUACUAGCGUAAAAAUGUAGACAACGAGUUAUUGAAAAAAAAAAGACAAUGAGAGCCGCUUUCUUGCAGGAAAUGUUAUAUUUGCAAUCCUCAUUAAAUGUUGUUCAUUAAUUGCGCAAAGCUCUUUCGAAAAUUAUUAUAGCAUUACACCGAACCACGUUAAGGGAACCAAAAUGUACAGCUUUUCAGCGCUAAAGUUAUAUCACUUAAGUGAUAUUGUAUUGUAUUGAUAGCAUUGUUGCCUAUUCGGAAAUUUUUGCAUCUUUUUUCCUUACUAUUCUUUUUAUGCACACUGUUGCUUGUUCGUAAUUCAGAUGUUCGCUAUUAAUUUCAAACUGCUAUUAUUCUAAUAUCGUCUAGCAAUGACAUUAUUCCAAAUAAACUAGAUGUGGAAAUAUUCCUGUAGGUAUUUGAAUUACUCUCGUACUACAAACCGUCUUUUUCAAACGUGUCCAUUACAAACUAACUUUCAGUCACUUGGUAAAUUUAAAACCCUUUAAUCACAUCUUAACAUUUCAAACUGAAAUAGUUUAUGGUUUUGAAUGUAACAAACACACAGACGGUCCCGAUGGCGAACGCUUUCGCUUAUAUCGGGAUCCACCAUUUCGAACCUAGAACAGCAGAAGUAGUUAUGUGUAUAAUGUACAAAAAUCAAAUACUUAUAUAACAGUUCACUAUUAUAAUUAAUAUUAUUAUUAUACACAUUGAAAUAUAUACCAUCGAAAAAUGUGAUUAA